AUCGCCGUAUCGAUACGAUGGGCUAGGUAUUACUAGGUCCUAGAUAGGCAGCAAAGCGGAUCAAAUGACACACUCGGCUGCAGCUCAUGUUUAAAGUGCAAAGGGUCUACAGUACCUAGUAGUAGUACUAGAUUAGUGUAGCUAGCACCCUGCCUUCUAUUACCUAUUCAAUGCUCCCCCCCGUCAUCGCCAACUCUUCCAGUAAUCCUUCUUCCUCUCCAGCGUCUCUUAGACAAUACAGAUCUGAUCACUUACUGAUCAUUCGUCAUUGUUUUUGUCCUUUACUUUAUCGGACUCAUAGAAGGCGUUUCAUCUCAUAAAAUAUCUUAUCAUCUAUGCCACCAUCUACCCACGCCGUCAGUGCCGACAACGAUGAGCUACCACCCCGCAUCCCAAGUCGUGGGAUAUCGUGAUAGUCUAUCGCCGUCCCCUAAGGUCCCCCACACGCGGCCUACGCGUCGGUGAAGCUCUCUCUUGACCUCACUUGGUCCCAACCUAUUUGAAAGAAACGUAUCAGCGUCAAUACCGCAAGCAUGGCUGCCUUUUUUCAGUCCUUUCGAAGUUCUAGUAUGCCCAAGCGGCUCUUGCGCUACACACUUUCGAAGUUAGAUUACUUUGAUACCGAUGCUCUAGAUACGGAUAAUCUGGACUUUGCCGUGGGCAGGAACAACGUCUUCACAUUACAAGAUGUUGGGAUCAAGCUACAGAAGCUGGAACAGCUACUUCAGCUUCCACCAUCAUUUCAAGUUCAGAAAGCCAAAGUUCUACUGCUCCGAAUCACCAUUCCUUCUGCCAUAUAUACGAGCCCUAUUAUUGUCGAGGUUGACGGCGUUGAGAUAAAAUUAAAGCUUACUCACAGAGGCGAAGGCUCGCAAACAGCGUCACAUGGCGGCGUGCACGGGAAGAAAAACGCUAAAUCACCCGAAGAAAGCGAUCCCGUUCCCCAUCCCAUCGAUCUAGCUCAGUCGUUUUUAGAGACUCAGCCUUUGCAAGAUAAAGCAGCACUUCAGGCUGCCCUUGAUGCUGAAACCCAAGACCUCGGUGCUUCUGUAACAGGCAGUGAGGACAGUAGUGAGGAAGACUACCCCCUAGGCACAGGCCAGCCUCUCUCGUUGCCCACCUUCCUUGCAGAUUUCUUGCAAGGCAUACUCGAUAGACUACAAGUUUCUAUCAAGGGUGUUACGUUCCAACUAAAUGUCGAAGUGCCAGUUGAACCUAAUUCAACCAUUUCUGAGCUGGUUACCUUCCAGCUUGCUAUCGAUGAAGUGAAAGCCGAAGGCGUUACGACGACAGCAGACGAAGCUACUGAAAAUGGCUUGCCUAGAGUCACCCACAAGGAGGGAAAACGAUUUGUAGGGUUAAACCGGAUUCGAGCGAGUCUAAUCUCCGAGGCGAAUGUCUUUUCAACUCUUGCUCGAUCACCAUCGAUCGCUUCGUCGCUUGCGACGAACUCACCAACUAUUUCUAGGCACCAGGCUCAAGAAGAGCCCAUUUCACCCGCUAUGCCAAUUUCAGAAUGGCACUCCAAUGAUGCUGAUCUUGCACAAAGCGAACAUGGCCAUGUUUUGGUUGACAGUGAAGAUGCCUUCAACAUACCCUAUGACUUGAGCGGAUCGAACGAUGGUCAGGAUGAAGAAGAAAUCGACGAAGAAUCACGAUCUGCGCCAUCAACCCCGCGGGCUCUCGCGCCCCAAACUGCAUUGCGAGAUGAGCCAGGGCUAAUUCCUUUUACACAUCCAGCCCACUCAGCUAUCAAUACCCCGACAGAUCCCUGGUCAUCUUUGGAACGAACUGCCCAAUCUGAGCCAGCUUUAGAAUAUCGGCAAGGGUGGGGCGAGGGUUCUGUCGCAUCAUCAAGGAGCAGUGGGGAUCAAGCGCUGAGUGGAAGUGACGUAGCAAGUUCUCCAGGAGAGGACCUCACGCGAUCCCAUCUCUUCAGCCAUGAGGAAGCUGAGAGUAUGUACAUGAGCGCCUUUUCAUAUGCUGGAUCUUCUCAACUGGACCAGGCAGCCCAUAUAAUGCCUGGGGCUUGGGACUCAGAACCUCCGAGCCCAGAUCGUUCUCCAAAUCGGAAGCGUGGAAUACGGGCAGCACGCCCAACCUCGUCAGAAACUCCAAACAUCGCAUCCAAAGAGCUUGCCGAUGAUGGCCAACCCUUUGCGCUCCAUUCGCGCUCAUCGCAAGAUGAUGAGCUGGGACAAGAUUCUACAAUCGAUAAUCUCGGAGAAGCAAAGCAUUUGCACGACGACGCCCCUCGGUGUGAAGGGAGGAACGACUCUAUAGUAGAAGAAGCCGCAACACCGAGGGGCCCAACGCGAAUCGUCAAGGAGCUUGUUGCAUUGAAUGCUAUCUCACUCUAUAUCCCUUCGAAUCAUCAGCAUAUAGAAGUGGCACAUGUCGCAGAAGAACCUAUCACCGGAACACGUCAGAGUCGUUUGCACCAUUCCGUAUCACCCAAUCUUCCAGGUUCCUUUUCUAUACAUGCGGGUAGCCAGUCGACUGCAUCGAUAACCCCGAAUUCUGCCAUGGAACCCUCUGGACCUGCUCUGGACAAAACCUUGGAGGUCAUCUUAUCAGCCCUAGAAAUACGUUCUGAUCUUUCGACAGGAUUUUUACUGGCCACGGUGGUGUCGCGAAUUGUAUCAGCACUAAAGGAUCGCCCCCCUGAAAAUUCUUCAUCCAAGCAGAAGGCGAAGGCCGAAAGUAAAGGUAGCCCAUCGUCGAUACCAGAUAUCAAGAUUGUUGCAGAGCAGAUUACGAUACAUUUCCUCGAGAACCUUAUCGGCAUUGCCGAUACACCCGAACGCCUGUUUAACCCUAGCCCUACUUCAUUCAGUGCUGAUGCUCUGUUGACUGCGGAUAUCCAAAAUCUGAGUGUGGGCUUGUCAGUAUCACCAUCCUCAACUAAGACUUCAGUGGAUGUUGGCAAGUUCAAAUUUGGAUAUGGUAAUGACAAUAUCAUAUCCUUCGAUCAGCGCAUACAAAUGCGUGCCUCGGUGAGAGAUGCGCUUCCUUCCCCUGGCGCCGAUAUUUCUCUCAAGAUCAGCCAAACUCCUACGACAACAAAAUGUGAAGUCAGAACUUUACCACUCCAUCUUAAAAUAGAUCUUCAGCGAUUGGAUGAGACAUUCAGCUGGUUUGGGGGCUUGAGCGGGUUCUUGAACACGAGUUCAUCAAUGACCUCGAAUGCCUCGCCUACACCUCAGAGCCCUGUACGGAAAGCACCAAAACCGCGUGGCGUAAGAUUUGAUGCGCCUAUACGCCCAGACGACACAUCUGCGAGCUCGGAGAAUAAAGCGAACAUGAGGCUUGGCGGGUUUCGUCUGGACAUUGUUGGCAAGGAGUGUAGCGUAUCUCUGGAUACCAGUGCCGUGAAGCUGGUCAGUCGAGAAGAAGGACUUGGCAUCGGCAUUUCCAAGAUAAACCUUGCCGGCCCCUACUUGAGAGGCACCGCUGGUGAUCCUCCCAUUAGCGCAGUCGUCACAAACACUCGUCUUGAGUACCUUGCAACUCCAAAAGAUAGCGACCUAGAAAGACUCCUAGAGCUCAUCACCCCAUCUAAACAUAAAUUCGACCAGAAUGACGAUGAGAUUAUGGUGGAUACUCUGCUUCGGCAACGGAAAAAGGGUGCCGUAUUGCGCAUCAAUCUAGAUGAUGUUGAAGUCAACGUCGGCAAACUCCAGCAUCUCAAUGUGUUACCUGCAUUAGGUGAAGAGGUUUCUCGAUUGUCAUCCGUUACCAAAUACCUGCCUGAAGAUGACCGGCCCGGGAUCCUUACUCUGGCUCUUGUCCGCAACAUGGACCUUUCCUUGGACAUUGGUGGGAAAUUCGGCUCUAUACGAGCUUCGUUGAAGGAUACAGAAGUUGGCCAUAUUACCAUCCCCUCCCUAGUCGCUCUUGGCCUCGGCUCUAUCUCAAUACAGAGAAAUCACAACGAGGAAUUAGUUGGUACAAGCGUUCCGUCAGUCGACAAGGUCAGUCCUGGACCUGUGUUAACCAUGAGAAUAAUCGGGGAUGAGAUGGAGCCUGUUAUCAAAGUCAGAAUGCGGUAUCUGAAUUUUGAGUACCGCGUACCAACAGUCAUGGAUAUUCUUGGCCUUGCUGAGGACGCGACGCCGCAGGAUUUCGAGGCAACCUUAGCUGCUUCAGUAGCGAAUCUUGGCGAGCAUGCGCACGCAGCUAUCACAGGAAAGCCACAAACCCAAUCCCCAAUCCCCAACAAAGAAAAAGGUCGAGAGGCGAAACCAACGAAGGUGGACUUCGUUUUCCGCGACUGUCUACUAGGCCUGAAUCCACUUGGGUUGGUAUCGAAGAUGGUGAUUGUACUGACGGACGCUCAUUUUGAAGUUACUCUUUCUGGCGGCGACGAUGCGAAAGCUCUUGGUUAUUUUAACAAGGCAUCAAUUCUCCUCGCCGACGAUGUUUCAACGCUAGAAUCCAAGGAGUUCUCUUCGACCAUUCGACGACGCAGUUUGAACACACCUACAGCGCAAGUAGAGGAGUUAUGCCGACGAGGGUACGUUGAUAUCUGCUAUCUCUCUUCCGCAAAAGUUGUGGUUCAAGUAGGCGUCAAUCAGGCAGAUGGGAAUAAGUGGAUUGACGUUGAGCUGCGAGACGACCUCCUUGUUCUUGAGACAUGCGCAGAUUCAACCCAGACUCUGAUUACGCUUGCAAACGCACUUGCUCCCCCGACACCGCCGAGUAAAGAGGUCAAAUACAGAACUAAAGUCCUUCCAGUGGAAGAUCUCUUCGCAUCCAUAUCUGCCGAUGCGUUUGGCAAAGCUGAAGGUGAUUACGAUUUUGAUGACGACUUUGGACUUGCCCAAGAACUUGGUGGCAAUGAUGAUCUUGAUUUUGGAGACUCUGGUCAAUCAACCCCCCUAGCUAUCGAUUCACAUUAUUAUGAUGAGUCCUCGGUCGAGGCCCAGCUUUUUGGCGCCACGGCGGAUUCUAUGUCCUCGGAAAGGACAGAAACGCAAGACACCAAUGACGGCGUUCUGCUUACGAACUUCAAUACCCAGCAAGAUAUAGUAGACGAUGAUGAUUUGGUGAUACAUGAAAACUACUUCGGCUCAGGAUCCGUGAUAGAAGGUACUGCCCACCGAUGGAACUCGGCAAGGAAUGAAUAUGACAAGUCAAACAACGCCAAGGUCCAACGUAGUCCCCUAACCGUUCGCGUACGCGAUGUCCAUUUUAUCUGGAACCUUUUUGAUGGAUACGACUGGAGUCGUACUCGCGAAGUCAUAUCCAAGGUUGUGCACAACCUCGAGACUGAAGCGAUCGAGCGCCAAUCGCGACGGAACCCUGGUCAUCCAAGCCAUGAUAUGGAAAUAAUAGAAGAAGAGACCAUGAUUGAGGACUUUCUUUUCAAUUCAAUUUACAUUGGAAUCCCUUCAAACCGGGAUCCGCGGGAUCUUGCACAAGCCAUCAAUCAAGAGUUGAACGAUGCUGCAACUGAGACUGAGUCGAUAGCGACGACAGCACUCACUGCUACACCGAGCCGGCAAAGCAACGCCUACCGAGCGAGAAAGAAGCUGAAACUGAACCGCAGCAAGCGUCAUAAGAUCACCUUCGAGUUGAAGGGUAUCAAUGUAGACUUGGUCACGUUCCCUCCAGGCUCCGGCGAGACGCAGAGUUCGGUCGAUGUUCGCAUCAAAGACCUAGAUGUCUUCGACCAUGUGCCGACCUCGACGUGGAAGAAGUUUGCGACGUACGACCAAGAUGCUGGCGAGCGGGAGAUGGGCACCAGCAUGGUUCACCUCGAGAUCUUGAAUGUCAAGCCAGUGCUCGAAUUAGCCGCCUCAGAAAUAGUACUUAGGGUCACAGUCCUGCCACUUCGCCUCCACGUCGACCAGGAUGCUUUAGACUUCAUCACGCGGUUCUUCGAAUUCAAGGAUGACUCGGCUCCAGUUCACGCUUCGCCCAGUGACAUACCCUUCGUGCAGAGAGCCGAAGUAAAUGCCAUUCCUCUUAGCCUUGACUUCAAGCCAAAGCGGGUUGACUACGCCGGUCUACGAUCAGGCCACACAACCGAAUUCAUGAACUUCCUAGUGUUAGAUCAGGCGCGCAUGGUCUUGAGGCACACAAUCAUCUACGGUGUUUCCGGAUUUGACAGACUUGGCAUGACUCUGAAUGAUAUCUGGAUGCCUGAUGUCAAGAAGAACCAGCUUCCUGGCGUGCUUGCCGGCCUUGCCCCCGUCCGUUCUCUAGUCAACGUCGGCAGUGGGUUCAAGGAUCUCAUUGAAAUUCCGAUCAGAGAAUACAAGAAGGACGGCAGAAUCGUCCGUAGUAUCAGCAAGGGCGCGGUUGCAUUUGCGAAGACAACGGGUACGGAGAUCGUUAAGCUUGGGGCCAAGUUGGCUGUGGGUACACAGUAUGCUUUACAAGGCGCCGAAGGCAUGCUUGUCACCCCACCGGAGUCUCGCGAGACGACUGGAUGGGAUGAUGACGAGCCAGACACUGAGGAACCCAAGCAAAUUAGUUUAUACGCCGACCAACCGCCUGGAUUCGUCCAGGGACUGCGGGGCGCAUAUUCCAGUCUCACCCGUGAUAUCAUGAUGGCAAGGGAUGCUAUUAUAGCAGUUCCUGUCGAUGUCAUGGAGAGUCAGAGCGCUCAGGGAGCCGCCAAAGCUGUUCUCAAACGAGCACCAACCAUAAUAUUCCGGCCCUUUAUUGGCUCGACCAAGGCGAUUGGAAAGACUCUGAUGGGUGCUACGAAUGCAUUGGACCCGCAAAAUCGUAGGAGAAUAGACGAGAAAUACAAAAAACACUAAAUAGCUGAAAUGUUUGUUCGGUUACUAUUACUUUCAGUAGGCUUCAGGGGUCGGAGUACGGAUGCGUCGGGGGUCGUUUGCCUUCAGCUUUGCAUGACCUGCGACGACUUGCAUCAUAGACGGCGAACAGAUUGACGUUUCAGUUUUCUACAAGAUUGAUAGGACUUGUAUCUUUUUCUUCCUCUUGGAUCACGAUGGGACUUGGCGCAAGCAUAGCAUUUUGAGCGCUUUGGUGCCUUCUAUCUACUCUAAGUACAUGUAUGCUCUACGGCUGGCGAAUAGAGAGAGGUGUUGCUGGGACAUCGUAUGGAUAUUGUCUACAAUUAUUAUCAAACCAAUGUAGGCUAGUGUCUAGAUCGAGUGCUUCCAAUAUCUAAGUUUAUGGUAGAAAUUAGCCCCUUAAUGAUGGCUACGCUGCAUAGCAGUAUCGUGUUACUUUAGAUAAUAAAAGAAGAUAAAAAAUAGGCACCUCUUUCUGGGAAGAACAUAUGCA